AUGCGACUAAUCAACACAAGCACCUUGGCAUUCGAAGAAUUCCACGGAGACUACGUGCCCAAAUAUGCAAUCCUCUCCCACAGAUGGGACAAAGACGAAAUCACAUUUCAGGAGUGGAAUAGUGCAGUAAAUAGAAAAAAGGCGGAGAAAAAAUUGGGUUACAAGAAGAUUGAGGCAACGUGUAGGUUGGCGCGGCAAAGGGGGUUGGGGUAUGCGUGGAUAGAUACUAAUUGUAUUGAUAAGAGUAGUAGUGCGGAGUUAUCGGAGGCGAUUAAUUCGAUGUGGAGGUGGUAUGGGGGGGCGGUGGUUUGUUUUGCUUUUUUGGGUGAUGUUGGGGUUGGGGAUGAGGGGGUUGGAGAGGGAGAGGGAAAGAUUGAGGGAGGGAAAGGGGGGAAUAGAGAUGGAGAUAGAGAUAGAGAUCAGCUUGGGAUUCUCUUAGAUAAGGGGUUUCAGGAAUCCUUUCGCAAGAGUAGAUGGUUUACGAGGGGUUGGACAUUACAGGAAUUAUUAGCUCCAAGUGCCGUGGUAUUCUACUCGCGCGAAUGGAUUAGGCUGGGUGAUAAAUCUUCGACGCUCACGCAGCCAAUUGGUGAUGCGACGGGUAUUGAUACUUCGUAUCUCCUAGGCUACAGCCCGAUCAGCGCAGCAAGUGUUUCUCUAAGGAUGUUCUGGCUCUCGCGGCGAAAGACCACGCGGGUAGAGGAUAUGGCGUAUUGCAUGUUGGGUAUCUUCGAUAUCAAUAUGCCGUUACUGUACGGCGAGGGAACCAAAGCUUUUCUUCGCCUCCAGGAGGAAAUCAUCAAGGUCUCUGUCGAUCAUACGAUAUUCUGCUGGUCUUGGUCUGAUUCUAUCUCUCCGGCUUGGACAAAUCUUAUAGCGCCAUCACCGGAUGCAUUCAAGAACUCGCAGGAUUUCAGGAGAGCAAGUACAGUGGAACAAGCCUCUCCAUAUGCAAUGACAAAUGCAGGUCUCUCGAUUCGUCUCCCCAUUAUCCAAGCAUGGUCCUACAAUUUCAUCAUCUUAAUGGUGCAUCAUCGGCGUCGUGCCCAGCACUGGCGCGCAUGUAUCCCAGUCCGCAGUCUGCUACGACCAUCUGUUUCUGAUUUCCUCGGCACCUAUCGACGGAUCCCAUAUCCCGCAGAUCCAAUCUUCAUGCCCAUAACUUGGGCCUCGACCGAAAUCAACAUGUUUGUGAAAUCGAAGAUGAUGUCGAUGUUUCACCAUACAUCUCUCACUCCACGAAACACAAACUCGCAACGUCUUCCACGCGCGGUGCUAAUUACCUUGGGCGAAGGUCUCCCUAGUCAAAUCCCAGUCUUUAUGUCAGAACAAGCUUCGAUUGCAAAACUUAGACCGAUGAAAAUUAAUAGUAUAUUCCUGUCCGAAACAUAUCCGCCCGAGCGCUUCGAUGAAACUCGAAGUUUAUUGAGACUCGAUCAUCGGGUUGGAGAUGCAUACGUGGCGCUGUUGGCAUUGGGUGAUAGAGAAUCUGGAUGUGUGGUGUUUGUAAGUUGUAAGAUUGACUUGACACGAAGAACGAAGUGGUUUUGUCAUAUUCUGCCUUCGGCUUUUUGGGCGGAUAGUGAAGUGAAGAGAGCUAAAUUGUUGGCAUUUUUGGGGAGUCAAGUAGCUGGUUUAAAAGGGGAUAAUGAGAUCAGACUAGCGGUUUGUAAGGAGAUUAGGGGAUAUAUUGCUAUUGACGGGGAUGAUGAUGAGGAUGAGGAUGAUAUAGAUGGGGAGUGUGAAAGGAGGAUUGUGGCUGCAAGGUUGGAAAUUGGGUUGAAGAAGGAGAAGAUCGUGGAACUUUCGAAGAGGAUUGUGAAUACUUUGCACCUUUGA